CAAACAGAGGAGGCGCAGGUCACAGAUGUCAAUCAAAAAUACUCAUUCAGCUGUUCCAGUACGGGAGAGCCACGAGUGUAGCCCGCUGUUCUCUGUAUGGACCUCGCUCGCUGAGUAGAACCUGUACCCGAACAUGGCGCUGAUGGGAGUUCAGUUGGUGGUCAGCUUGCUGGCUGUCAGCAUAAUGCAGAAAAUGGCCCCUCAUUGCUCUUUUGCACGCUGGCUCCUGUGCAAUGGCAGUCUCUUCAGGUUCAAACAUCCUUCUGAGGGAGAGCUUUGUGCUCUGGCAGGCAAGCAGAUGCCCAACAAGACCAGCAGGAGAGACAGGAGGCAGAAUGGCCACGGGGAGCCCAAACCACUCACAGUUCCGAAGGACAUUGAUCUACAUCUGGAAAGCACCCCUGUGAAUGUUUUAGAUGCUUUGGUUCUGCGGUUCUUCGUGGAGUAUCAGUGGUUGGUCGACUUUGCUGUUUAUGCAACGGGCAUCUACCUCUUCACUGAGGGCUACUACUUUGUGGUGGAUGCCAGUAAAGAGGUCAACAUUGGGGCCAUCUGGUGUGUGUUAAUGGUAUUCUUCGGCCUGAGGACACUGCAUGUUCUGAUGAGCCACUACUUCCGCUCGGAUGAGGGCGGCGAGCGCUCCGUGUGCCUGGCAUUCGGGUUCCUCUCUCUGCUCGUAGCCAUGUUGGUUCUGGUGGUGAGGGAGGACUAUCUGGAGUUUGGCCUGGAGCCUGGUUUCACCAGUGUCUUUGACAACUUUGAAGCAUUUGCCAAACAACAAGGUCUUGAGUGGUCAGUUCCUUUCACCAAACUGGGAGUGAAGUUGGGCUUGGCCAUCCUUUGUGCCUUCCUUGGAGCUCUGCUUGCUUUCCCUGGUCUUCGCUUGGCCCAGACUCACUUAGAUGCUGUGCAGAUGAACGCCGAACGGCCGAUAAUUCAAAUCCUGCUACACGCCAGUUUCCUGUCUCCACUGAUUAUUCUUGUGUUGUGGGUGAAACCUCUUGCUCGUGAUUUCUUGGGAAACGCUCCAAUGGGAAAGACAUCAGUCACCUUGCUUACCAGCUCUGCCUUCGACUCUGUGCGCCUGUGGACAAUUGUGGUGCUGUGUGCGUUAAGGCUGCUGCUCACCCGCCACCACCUGCAGGCUUACCUCAACCUCGCCCCCAAGUGGGUGGAGCAGAUGAAGAAAGAGGCAGGACGUAUAGCUGCGAUUGACAUUCAAAGAAAGGUGACCCGUGUGUAUUGCUACCUGACUGUAGUGACUCUACAGUACCUCAUACCAAUUCUACUUGUGCUCUUUUCAACACUGGCCCUCAAGUCUUUAGGUGACUACUCGUGGGGGUUGGGUCCUGAGACUCCAGGUGUGACCCCUGCACCUGUCCUCCCCACCGCACCUCCGGCAUUGCCCAAGCUAGAGGACGAGGAUGAUCUAGAGGACAUGGAAGAGGACAUCCAAGCCACCGUAGCCCACCUGUCAGAGGCCUUCACUGCGCUCCGUGCCGUCCUCACGCCGAUCUUCUUCAGAGGGGUUUUUGCCUUCCUCACCUGGUGGGUGGCUGCCUGUCAGCUCAUCAGCAGCCUGUUCGGUAUCUACUUCCACCAGUACCUCAUGCAGAGCUGAGGAGUGUUUCUCUGAAGGCAUGGUGCACUGUGCCCAGCUCCUCGAGCUACCGACCACCCAACUGCACACACAGCUGUGCUGUGAGCUCCAACUUGCCCCCACAAAACAGGCUCUUUAAUGCCUGCUCACUGAGAGACUGACGGUUUGGAGACGUUGAUGUGUUUGGCCAAAAAUAAAUGGGUUGCUAAGGUUGGGAUACUUUGCUGCUACCAGUUUGUCAUCUUGAUUUGUAGCUUCCUUUUAUGAAACGGAUGAAUUGUCUGCUCUGUCUGUUUGUUGAACACGCAGCCUUGAAUAGAAAAACUGCAGGAAAACAUUGUUAUAAAAAUCCUUUUUUCAUCCUUUUUAUUUUAUUGAAUUGAAUCAUAUCCAUAAGUUUAUAACACUGAUUAAAUUAGUUAACUUAGAUUAAUUUACACCUUCAUUCAUUAUUUUGGUGGUGAUGUCUGCGUGAUGUAAUACUAAGUGCCUGGGAACUCAGGGAUGUGCAAUCAGAAACAGUAUUUGCUCUAAUGGCACAGAAUAACUGAUAAAUGGCUUACUUUUGAUACUGUAGCUGUCUACAGACUUAGAUCUUCAGUCACUCCCUGUUUUUCAACGUGAAGGCUUGAUGUAUUAAAGCUUUUUGUUCUUUUUUAUGCAGUGCUUUUCCCUGUCGGUUCUGCUGCCAAGCGACUGCAUACUUAUAAAACACCAUCAAGGCAUUAAGAAGUACUAGAUUUGUCCCUGAACAUUUGAGAUUUAAUUAUUUAUUUAUUUAUCCUGUGCCAUUGAAUGAUUACACUAAAUGAUUUGUUAAAUGUUACUGCAAGUGGUUUAUUUAGGGCAUUUUGCACUGUUUUUCAAAUGGCUGAACGGUGGAAUGCAUGGUGUGACAACUGUUUUAAAGAGAUUGUGUGUUUUAUUAAAAUCCA